AUGCGACGAUCCCGGCCACAACAACCUCAGGACCUUUAUCGAUCCUCCUGGCACAACAACCACCGGAAAAAGCGGCGCCUAGAUAUCUCCCCCUCCAGAGCGGUAGGCAACAUUCUGGACUUCAACAACCCUGCCAAAUGUCACCUCCCAAACGUCUGGCAGUUCGCUGACCAGGCCGAUCUCUUCCGCCUUUACGACGCCGUUUUCCAUAGCAAAAAGCAGCCCAACUUCCUUAAGUCCUGCGUAUCCAAUCACGGGUCUGAGGCAGCAAACAAUGAGCAUAGUCAUAAGAGACCUGGCCACUCAAUGGGUAGGGUGCGAGGUACGAGUACCCCCGAACUUGGACUUCGGAAACCUCUGCCGUCGCCGGCAUUAUGUUGGAGGGCGUCCAGAGGCCUGCGUAUUUCAGCUGCCUUUAUCAACCUCCGUCAAGGCGAUGUCUCUGGUUUGUCGACAUGA